AUGACAUUAAUUUUAACGUACGUCCCGGUGCCCUCCUACCUGACAUCCAUUAGCAGCGGUGGGGCAAAUGUAGAUGCGUUGAUCUUCUCUACCACCGCGGGACGUGUAUUCGCAGCUAUCUGUUUCUUCCUCGGUAUUACCGAUGGCGCCUUUAUGACCUUGUUGGGGCCAAUGCUAGAGUAUCUCCUGGAUGAUACCAACUUUCCUGCUGGUCUGGGCAUUAGCCUCUGUAUCAUGGGUGCUUUUAACCUCGCCGGCACACUCAUUGGCGGCCAUUUACUAGAUGCGUCGGGAACAUACUAUAGUGCCAAUCUAAUGGCCGCAUGUCUCCCUUUGACAGGAUUUCUCAUUCUCAUUGUUUUUUCACUCAUUUUUUGCUCCAGAGAAAAGAAUUUUUUGGAUUUCGAUGAAAGCACAGCAUAG